AGGCACGAAAUACAAGAUGGACGCGCCCAGCAGCAAAACGUUACGCGAUAUGUGAGACCGCUCGUGCAGUUAGAUGAAAUCGGAAUGGUGCUUCUUUGGUCGCGCGAUUGUCGAACUUUGCUGAAGCAUCGACUAAAGAACUCGGCGAAUCAAGAGCUUAUUUUGUUCUGGUUCUGUGCUCUGUGGCAACACCCGUAGCAAGGCGAUCGUCGACCGGCGAUGUGUACUCAGGCAGCGUUGACUCAGGAUUUGCAAGCUGAAGAGGCAGAGGUUCUGCUUUCGAUAUACGAUGGUGACGAGAACUUUAAGCAGUUAUCCGAUAAAGUGUACCAGUACAAGAUUGGCGAUCAUGACACCCACAAGUCGUUUCUUAUUGAAAUUAGUUGGCCCGAUAACUACCCAGUCGAUCCUCCAGUUUUUAAUAUGGACACCUUCUACAACAAACACAUAAUUUCGGAGGUCAAGGAAGCAGUGGUAGCAGCACUGAAAGAGCAGGCAGAGAUGGAACUGGGGAAUGCUAUGACGUACACACUUCUUGAAUGGAUCAAGGAGCAUGCAGAGGAACUCACUGAAAAACAGCCAGAGGUGGUGGCAGCUACAGACAUAGAGGAAGAACAGCCAAAGGAGCCGCAGAUCUCGGCCAAAAAGGAAGCGAAGCAACCCAAGCUCAGCAAGAACCAGAAACGCAAGCUGGCUGGCCGUGUACUUCCCACUGGGGAGCUUCCCAGGGGUCACGACUGGGUCGACGUUGUCAAACACCUCACACAGACUGGGUCGGCUGUGUCAUAACCAAGCACUUUGAUUAGAAGACUACAGCAACUGGGAUGCAGCAAUGCUCUUGUGAACUUUGUGAAGCAACACUCGGCCCAGGAAACCCCGUGUCAGUCGCAGCGUUUGAUUCACUGAAACUAGCUUUGCGUUAGUGUUGUGAUAACUGCAUUGUUAAACAUGCAGUGUCCAAAUUGUUUUACCAUGAACAUUACACCAGACUCGUGUGAAGGGACUGCAAUAGCCCACCUUUAACCAAAAAGUACAGCAUUUAAAAUUGAAAGUUACCCAGAAGUGCCCAGAAAUGAGUUUUUGAAGUUCACUCUGCUUUGACCACGAACUUUUCAGACGUAAAUGUCACACUCUUGUGAGCUUCAUUGUGCCUCUGUUAGCUGCUACCAAGUCGGCAUAUAGCACAGUUCACUUAUGUCAAUGAGAAAGUGGGAGAAUACAAUCGCUAUGAUUGUGUGUUGUAGUUUUCAGUGUCAUUGUAAACCUUCAAAGCACGAUAUGGUAGAUUGGCCCAGCUUUGAAAUCUGUUACCAUAAGUGGACUGUGUCAUGCUAUCUGAACCGACAUCAUAACACUACGUAUUUUGCAUUGUUGUUUCCUUUCCUACAUGCAUGUGUUUCCAUGUGUAGCAUACAAGUCACAAGCUACAUGUCUCUCCACAACAAACAGCAGCAGCAGUAAACUUGUUCACCACUCAAACAGUAAAUUGGGGAGUUCCUUUGCCUCUCUUCAUUCUUUAAGAAUCAUCAGAAAAUUUGCAUUUUGAUACUCCGCAAGUUUACUGGCACUGCUCUUUUCCAUAAGCUAAAGUACUAAUGUUAGACUAUUUUCGAAGCCGCUUAGUUGCUGAGUGAGUGACAUAAUAGCCAAUGCUGCAGUUAGGAAUUGCACAGAUUGUUACAUCACCCUAAAAUAAAAUUUAAACUAAAAGGUUAUUGGUCAAGACUGUGGAUUUCAGCUUCCCACAGGCCUUGUGUCCUUCACAGUUUUUCAGCCCUAAUAGCAUUUGAUGUGGAAAGUCAACACAAUGCAACAACGCAUGUUUAUUUUAGACAAGUGUGUUAGGAUUCCUUUGCGAUUGCAGAGCUUUCCUGUAAAGCACUCUUCUUGCCAGGUUUGUCGUCUUAGUGGUCAACUUGACCACUUUGCAUGAAUUCUUUACACAACUCGGUGUUAAUAUGUAAUAGUGAAAAUUAUUAAAUCACACAUUCAACGUGCCUGACUUAAAUUGAAAAUAUAAUGUCAAGCUCUUUUUUUGUGUAUUAUAAAACCCAUGUCUGACUAGUAAUAUUUAGCAUUGCUACAGUUCUGUCUGGUGCUUUUAAAAUUGAAUAUAUGUAACUCAUCUAAUAUCUUUACUGUCGCAGUACUGAAGCUAGUAUGCCGUUACUGACAUCAACAAUUUAAACAAGGGCUUUUCUCAUGCUUAUGUUGAGCUUGCUGCUGGAUCCCUUGAAUUAAAUGAAUAUUUUUUAAAACUGUAAACUUAGAAACUCUGCAGUCUGGAACCUUUAUUUUUCAUGAAAUAUCCAACAGUAGACUUUUCAAGGCUUUUGCCGCAUAACUUGGUCAUGAGAAUGUACAGAAUUAAAGAAAUAUUUACUCA